ACCACGGCCGAAUUUCUCCUUUCCACACUUUAAAUAGCCAGCACCUUUGGGUCCUGCCCUCGCCUCUCCCGACAGCGCCGUCCGCAAGGUGGGAUGGAUUACAGAGUCCCCGGCGCUGUCAGCAAUGGUGAAAUGGUGCCCACACCCCCUGGCAUGGAAAAGGAGAAGGAGGAAGAAGAGAAGGAGGAGCAGACACUGGAGCGUGGGCAGUGGAACAACAAGCUGGAGUAUGUGCUGUCCGUGGCUGGGGAGAUCAUUGGCCUGGGAAAUGUCUGGCGCUUCCCCUACCUCUGCUACAAGAACGGUGGAGGUGCCUUCUUCAUCCCCUACCUCAUCUUCCUCUUCACCUGUGGGAUCCCCCUGUUCCUCCUGGAGACGGCUCUGGGGCAGUACACGAGCCAGGGAGGGGUGACGGCCUGGAGGAAGAUCUGUCCCCUCUUUGAAGGAAUCGGCUACGCCUCCCAGGUCAUCGUCAUCCUGCUCAACUUCUACUACAUCAUUGUCCUGGCCUGGGCCUUGUUUUACCUCUUCAGUUCCUUCACCAUUGACCUCCCCUGGGGCAGCUGUGACCACGAGUGGAACACAGGGAACUGCGUGGAGCUGCAGAAGAACUCAACGCUCAGCGUGCUCAGCGAGAACGCCACGUCCCCGGUCAUCGAGUUCUGGGAGAGGAGGGUGCUGAAGAUUUCUGAUGGCAUCCAGCACCUGGGUGGUCUCCGCUGGGAGCUGGCUCUGUGUCUCCUGCUGGCCUGGAUCAUCUGUUACUUCUGCAUUUGGAAAGGGGUCAAGUCCACGGGCAAGGUGGUGUAUUUCACUGCCACGUUCCCAUACGUCAUGCUGAUUGUUCUGCUGAUCAGGGGAGUCUCCUUACCCGGGGCAUCCCAGGGAAUCCUCUUUUACCUUUAUCCAGACAUCAGUCGCCUUGGGGACCCUCAGGUCUGGAUGGAUGCAGGCACUCAGAUCUUCUUCUCGUAUGCAAUUUGCCUGGGAUGCCUGACGGCUCUGGGCAGCUAUAACAAAUACCACAACAACUGCUACAGGGACUGUGUGGCACUGUGCUUCCUCAACAGCGGCACCAGCUUUGUGGCUGGCUUUGCCAUCUUCUCCAUCCUGGGCUUCAUGGCACAGGAGCAGGGGGUGCCCAUCGCCGAGGUGGCCGAGUCAGGGCCUGGCCUGGCAUUCAUCGCCUACCCUCGGGCUGUGGUCAUGCUGCCCUUCUCCCCACUCUGGGCGUGCUUCUUCUUCCUCAUGGUUGUUUUGCUGGGACUGGACAGCCAGUUUGUCUGUGUGGAGAGCCUUGUGACGGCUCUUGUGGACAUGUACCCCACCAUCUUCCGCAAGAAGAACCGCCGCGAGACCCUCAUCCUGCUGGUCUCCAUCCUCUCCUACCUGGUUGGCUUGGUGAUGCUCACAGAGGGUGGGAUGUAUGUCUUCCAGCUCUUUGAUUACUAUGCUGCCAGUGGCAUGUGCCUGCUCUUUGUGGCCAUCUUUGAGACUCUCUGCAUCGCCUGGGUCUAUGGUGCUGAGCGUUUCUACGAUAACAUUGAGGACAUGAUUGGCUACCGGCCGUGGCCCACCAUCAAAUACUGCUGGCUUUUCAUCACCCCUGCGGUUUGCAUGGCAACCUUCCUGUUUUCUUUGAUCAAAUACACCCCACUGACGUACAACAAGAAGUACGUGUACCCAUGGUGGGGAGACACCCUGGGCUGGCUGCUGGCCCUCUCCUCCAUGGUGUGCAUCCCUCUCUGGAUCCUCUACAAACUCUCCACUAUCAAAGGCUCCCUCAGAGAGAGGUUUCGCCAACUCACCUGCCCACUUGAGGACUUGCCUUCCAGGCCGGGCACAGAGCAGCCCCUUCCCUCCACCAGAGCUGGCCUCCUGAUGCUGACAGAGCUCGAGUCUCACUGCUAGGACCGGCGUGGCUCUCCCUCCCUCCCUUCCCCCAGCAUGGUUUCUGUACAGCCUUUGCCACCUGUUGGAUAACACAAGGAUUCUUCUCUCGCCAAGAAGAGAGGGAUUUCUGGGCUGAGCUCCCUUCCCUGGAGGAUUUGAAGGGCUGAGGAAGAGGCUGCCAUGGAGAUGGUCUGUGUGGAGUUAGCAAUGCACCUUAAUUCUCCCCCUGGAGAGAGCUCUGAAGGGGCACAUCAAGCACCAGUGUUCCUGAGCAUUGCCAGGCUUCUGGUGGGCAGAAAGGAAGGACUGACCCUGCAGAAAAGAGUGUCAGAGUCUCAGAGUUGUGGCUCCAAUGUGGACUUUGGGAGCUUCUCCAUUCAUUCCAUUAAAUCUGUGUUUUUCCUGACUA